UCCCCUGCGGCAGCGCUGCCGGUCCUCCUCCGCCCUGCCAGGUCCGCAGCCGCAGCGAGGAUGAGCACGAGCUUCUUCCAGAUACUAAAAGCAAAAAAAGAACUCAUUCCCCUGGUUGGAGUAGUGUCCUUUGCAGCAGUUGGGGCGCUCUCUUUUUCUGUCUAUUCCCUAUUCAGCAAAUCCGAUGUGAUCAUUAACAAGAGUGGCAAUCCAGAACCGUGGGAAACUGUCGAUCCUACCAAGCCUCAGAAGCUAUUAACAAUCAAUCAGAAAUGGAAACCUGUAGAAGAGCUGGAAAAUGUCAGAAAGCUUACGAAGUGACAAGUUUCUGUUGCCUCAAAAAGGUACCCUAUGAAUCUAGUGGAAUCACUUCUGCACAAACUUGACUACCGAAAUCAGUGUGCGGAAAUGCUUCUGCUACGUUUUUAGGGUCUCCCUACAUUUUUUGGACUCUGGAUGAGGAGUUUCAUGUUGCCUUAGAAGUUGGCAUACAACAUCCACACAGUCCAAAAAUCUGUCUCAAAUACUCAUUUUCAGUAGGCAUUUGAUGUCACAUGUUGAAUAUUCAGAUGGUAAUUAUAGAUGGAAAAAGCCUUCACACUUUUUGUAGAAUUUUUGUUUUUCUCAAAAUGCAUUAAUUUUGUAAUUUUAUAUAUUUUUAAUAAAACAUAUUUUAAAUUUUUACAACAUUCCAUGUAAAUUCCAUAAAUGGAGAUUACCCAGAAGUCCUUCUAAAUUGGGAUUCCUCGUCUGCUCUAUACUGUAUUUCGGUGCUGUAUACAGACCAAAUAGUCAUCAUAGCCAGAGGAUGUCUUUGUACGGCAACAUAUGUGAUCAUCAAGUAUACUUGCAUUCAUUUUCUACGUUAGAUGUGGUGACAAUUUUAGUCAAAACUGAUGUUCUACUGCUAAUACUAAAACUUACACAUGCGCUCACCUUAACCCGCUGAGGAGUCCAAUAGGUUAUUUAAGGGUAUACUUGAGACUGCAGGAUUGGAACAUAAGAAUUAAGCAUGGCUAAAGGGAAUUGGAAAUAAGAUGAUUUCUGUUGUAUUUAAAUAUUUUUCGUGUUUAAAUUUAGAAAAAGUUACUAGAAUUAGGAAACUUACAUUAUCCAAAACUAAUUACAUAAUGUUAAUGCCUCCUUUUUGUGCAAGGUGGUUCAUGUGCAAGCUCAAAUGCACUGCGCAGUUGUUAAUAUUUUUAAACAUUUCUAGAUACAUGCUAUUAGGGACAUCUGCUUUAACAAAGAGAAAAUAACAGGUUAAAAUUAGGAAUGACUCUAUGAAGAGACAGUUUCUCUUUAAGCAUCUGUGUGUUUUCUUAUGGGUUGGCCAGGGAGAGAAUGUAGUGGGUAGACCCCCCAGUAAAUUAAUGAGGCAAUAUAUGUAUCCAAUGGUAGAACAGUCUUUUGUGGGUGUUGCUGUAUGUGUCCCCUUCCAGGCAGUUUCACAAUAUAUUACACAGUUUCUUUUACGAUAAAUGUUCAGAAUGCAUAUUACUUUCUGUGAGGAAGAAAGCAAAAGUGAAACAACUGCUAGUUGGAGGAAGUCCCCGUAAGUGAGUAAUAGUGAAGUGUUUUAGGUUACUCUGCUGCAGCAAAGACAAAACUUAGGUUAGUAAAGCUGUCUCCCGAACUUUAAGGUAGCUUGGCUUCAGAAGUUUUAUGUUUUCUUCAGAUUUAUUGAUGCUGAGGAAAAAAAAAGAUAAAAUGUUAUUUUAUCCCAUACUUGUGUGCCGCUGCAGCGUAAAUACUUGUUUAUCAAGUAAGGAUGACUCAGCAGCGUUUAUGUUUAAGAGUGAUAGCUUUCAUUUUAAGGAAUGACGUUACAAGAUGAUUUGAUAGCAUAUAACCACAAAAAUCCAGUGCUCUGAGGAAUACAAAUUUUAAGUAUUUUAAUAGCGAAAUAUCUUAAAAUAUUUUCUGUAAGUUAUUCUGUAUUUCCAUAUUUUUACUGGACUGUGUCAAACAAAACAAAAAGUGCUGUGCUCUGAGUUGAUGCAUGAAUUAAAUGAGUUUGUUCUUCAGUAAAUCACUUGUAUGGUCUGUAAAUACUAUGACCGAAGUAGCUGUCAACAUUAGGGAAAUAAGUGUAAGUCAUUUUUAUGUAAUUUUUGUACUUAACUACUUUUCAGUGGUGUCUUCCAGUAGUGCAUUAAACAGUGUGACUGCCCUCAGUCACAGGUUGUUUCUUCUCUCAUCCUGUGCUGAAGCAUAAUAGCAAAGGUAAUAGAAUGUUUUGGUUUGUUAGCUGCUCUUUUUUCUUUUAAUAUAGAUUAGUGGGGAGGAUUUUCACAUAAUGUGAGAAAUCAAAAUACUUUUCUGUGCUUCAAAAAGAUUGAGUAUUGUUUAAAGUUCUUGGGACAGUUCUGUGUGUUCUCAGACUGUCCCUAAAAAUAUUCUGUCUCCUGCACAGAUGAGUGGGUGUUUUUCUUGUAAGUAGAGCACAUCAAGAGCAAUUACUGUAUCUUCCCCCCUCAACCACUCAACAUAAACCUAUAAAGCAAUAUACAAUUUAUUUCCUUGUUCUACAAACAUCACAGUUAAGACAGUAAAGAUUUAAUUGGCUGAAUUUUAUGAGCUGACUUUUAUGAGGCUGACUUCCAUGUCCUGUGUUAUGCAAACCCAUGACUUUUUAUUCCAUGGACAAUUUAGAGGCCAUUGAAAUAAUUUAACAAGUUCCUUCCUUCUCUCCAUUCUGUUCUCUCCAUUUUGUCUCCUACUCCAUUCUGUUCUUGGUUUUGGUUUGUUGGUUUUUUGUUGGGUUGGGUUGGUUUGUUUUUUUUUUUAAACUACCACUGUCUUUGCUCACCCUGUCUAGUACUUUUCCAUGGAACUAUAUCACUUCCAACUUUCAUAUUAAUUACAAAGUUUAAUUAAAAUGUUCACUGGCUUGUUAGAUUUUUCAAAUAUAGAUUAGAAACCACUAGAAAUGUUUUUUAAUGGAGCUAAUCACCAUUAGAAAUGAAUCAUUAAAAUCUACAGUCAUGCUUUUCUAACUGCAGGUGGCUGAUAACUUAAGUAGUCUAUUUGUAAAUAGUUUUCUGGAAGAAUAGAAGGUUGCUUUCUGCAGUAUACAUGCCGUUAUUAAUUAAUUACUAAUUUUUGUUACUACAAUAGUACUUAAAGGCCUUAACCACAACAAUACAAGAUCUGCGGUUAUCCGAGAGCUGUGUUGAGUUUUCCAUUUGGCUUUCUUUGCGUUUGAUGCUCCAGUGUCAGCAUUUCUCUGUCUGAUGUCCCCUACCUCCCCGCAUUUCUCUACCACAAGAUGCUAUUAGUAUAGUACUGUAAUACCUAUUACUUCGCUGGUGCGUGUUGUUUCUGUAGAAAAUAGUAACUUACAGAGGGGCCUGACGCAAUCAUUAAAGGAAAUUGUUCAUCCU